GUUGUAUAUGAGUAGUGGAUGAGGGCGUCAUAUCUCUGCAUUAGUUCCCAGGCACCUCAGCAGCAGUGGACUUUCUGCACGCAGCAGUUGAAGGUCACUGUUGUUUGUUACUAAUAUUUCGACGACCAUGGAGCAUCUCUCGGUAGCUUUUCACAGAGGCCAUGACAGCCAUGUUUCACAAGUGGAAAAUGAGCUGGUGAAUAAAGGACCCCGUCGCAAAAGGGAGUUCAUACCUGAGGAGAAGAAGGAUGCCCUCUACUGGGAGAAACGUCAAAAGAACAACGAGGCAGCCAAACGGUCCCGGGUGAAGAGAAGGAUACACGACUACGUGCUGGAGACUCAUUUCAUGGCCCUGAAAGAAGAAAAUGCCAGACUCAGUGCUGAAUUAAUGGCCAUCAAGCUCCACUUUGGCCUGGUUCGCCCUGCAGCACACACUGUUCACCAGAACAACCCACUGCAACACCACGUCAACAGCAGUAGCCACCACGUGCCCCUGCAGAGGGACUACUACAGGGGUGUCAGAGACUCUUCCUUUGUGCCUUCUCACCCCCUUUUCAUUCCUGCAUAUGCCCUCCAUACCAUGAGAGGUUAUCCAUACUUAAACACAUGUGGCGGUAGUAGCAGCUCUGGCCUUGUCGCUCCCCUCGUUCUCUCGCCCACCCAUUCAACCCAGCUGGGAGCUUCUCUGCUGAAACCCAUCGCCAGGAGAGUCACCUCAGAUGAAGAGGAGCAGCAGGUCCCUGGGGUGCUGUCCACGUCAUGCUCCACUCCACCUCAAAAAAUCGCCAGCAAACAUAUAAACACCUCUGACUGACUGUCCAAUCUGCUGCUUGUUGGAUUGAUGGAUUGAGAGAUGUAAAGUUAAUUUCUCUUCAUUUCCCGUUAAAUAUUCCUGUGGAUGCAGAAAGUUUAAGAGGUUUAUUUUUGUAAAUUGAUGGCACAUGUAUGCUGUUUUUAAAGAAGCACUGCACAAAGCGAUUCAACCUCCACACAAUCCUUGUUUUGUGUCGUAGCAAACAUAUACAACUGGCAUUAAAACACAUUUUGGAUGAUUCGACUGCAGUCGGACAGGAGUACAUGCACCCAAGAUGCAUUGAGGCCAUAUUGUGAUCUGAUUGACCUCUGAAGUUCACAGUUCUACAUUCGGAUCAUUCACACUACAACCAAACAAACAACAUAUUGCCGUCCCAAAAAGUCAGUAAGCAUUUACAGCACGCUGUGCUACGUCCCGAAAACAGAGCUUUGUUAAAGCAGGUGUGGAGAUGUGGAUUUUGAAUGAGGUCACAGUAACCACAGAUCUCAGCUCAACAUUCUCACUUUGGAGGACUGCAAAUAAUCAAGCCACAUCAAGCAGCAAAACAAGCCUCACGCCCAGUUGUGGAGGAACUACUCAACUUAACUUUUCUACUUGAGUAAUAAUUAAGUACUUAGUCUUAAAUAUAAUAAAUUAUUAAAAGUGAAAGUACUUAAAAUACUAGCAGUCUACUAGAUCAUUUUGAGGCUCAGUCUCUUCUGAAUCCAUUUCAGGUGUUUCUUCUUCACCAGUGAUGCUGCUGCGGCAGGAGGCGGGGUCUAAUGUUAUGUGUCUGAUCUGAUUGGGUCAGUGGAUCAAUUCAUCUCUCUUUAUCAAUUACUUAUUUAUAUAUAUAUAUAAAAGAAUCUGAACAUGAAACAUUCUACUGCAUCUUACAGUGUAGUGAAUAGAACAGAUAUUUGCUGAUAUAUGUUGUGGAAUAUAAGUGACAGUUACUUGAAAAUAAAUCUCCUUAAGUAAAGUACAGAUACAUGAAAAACUUAAUUACAGUAAUGAAGUAAAAGUACAGUGUUACAUUCCACCACUGCUCAGGCCUUUUCUUUGUUUUUACAUAUGUAGAUCAGAACUGUCAGUUUAAUCAGGAUUGACUUUUUUUUUUUUGAUGGACCUACGUGCUAAUGUGAACCAGCAGUGAUAUGAGAGACGUUCUUAUAUGUACUUUGUGACUUUAUGUAUAAAGCUUUCUGACACAAUAAGUGGGGUUGAUCUGCUUUUCUGAUGUGAAGCCCCCCCACAGACACAUUCUGACCAACAGGAUUGUUGCAACAAGGUUGGCAAUUGUUCUGAGCUCUCAGCUCUGAGCUGAGCCCAAAGAACGUCUGGUUACAUUAGUCCACAGUAAUUGUGUAUGGCUCCCCCGGGUCCCUUUUACCGGGGGUCCCCAAAAUACCUUGAAACACCCCUGCUGACCAGUAUGUUAUGUGUGAGAGGCUGCUAUAGAUGCCUUUACCGUCUGACCUCUCAUCUCACUCUGUCACCCAACACAGAUCCAUGUAGAUAUGUAAUGUGUACAAUAAACGUUCAAAGAGA